AAUCCUGGGAUAGUGGCGGACCUGAAGUUGGCCUCUGUGAAGGCUGAGAGUCCCAGGGAACGGGGACCGAGAAGAUUUGGAAGGUGGAGGAGCGCCCAAGGACUGGGGCUACCUAUUCCUUCCGAGGGAGGGAAGGGGCGGAUAGCGGCACCUAUUCUGGAGGAACUGGGCUGAGAUGUGACCCGGAGUGAAGUGUUUUAACCUCCAUACGCGUGAGGGUCACCUUCCACACCAUUCCUGGGGUUGAAAAAGCCACCGACCGUUCCAGAGUCGGAGCAGCACUUAGCCCUUUGGACUCGGCUGCCAUGGAGAGCACUGGUACUGGGAAAAUCUACAGGAGUAGCGACUGCAAUUUGGUCGGCCGGAGCUCGGGCGCCAAUACCAGCCGAAGCACGCUCCCAACGUCCCAUAGAUGAAUGGGGAAAUUAAUGUAACUCAGUGAGAAAAAUAUUAGACUUAAAAUCAUUUAAGUCACGCGGACUUACUGGGGCGUCGGCGCCCGGGCCCAUGACCCACGCCCGUAACUGACAUGGCGCCCUAGCGGUCGGCGUUUCCGGGCGGAUCCUUCAGACGGCCUUCGCUGUGAUUCCAUCAUUCGGCCUCCUUCCCGGCCUGCCUCGCGCCAGGGCCGGGCUGGGCCAGAGCAGCCCAAGAUGGCCGACUUCGAGGAUCGGGUGUCGGAUGAGGAGAAGGUACGCAUAGCUGCUAAAUUCAUCACUCACGCACCCCCAGGGGAAUUUAAUGAAGUGUUCAACGAUGUCCGGCUACUACUUAAUAAUGACAAUCUCCUCAGGGAAGGGGCAGCACAUGCAUUUGCCCAGUAUAACAUGGAUCAGUUCACACCUGUGAAGAUAGAAGGAUAUGAAGAUCAGGUCUUAAUUACAGAACACGGUGACCUGGGUAAUAGCAGAUUUUUAGAUCCAAGAAACAAAAUUUCCUUUAAGUUUGAUCACUUACGGAAAGAAGCAAGUGACCCCCAGCCAGAGGAAGUAGAUGGAGGUCUGAAGUCUUGGAGAGAAUCCUGUGACAGUGCUUUAAGGGCCUAUGUGAAAGAUCAUUAUUCCAACGGCUUCUGUACUGUUUAUGCUAAAACUAUAGAUGGGCAACAGACCAUUAUUGCAUGUAUUGAAAGCCACCAGUUUCAGCCUAAAAACUUCUGGAAUGGUCGUUGGAGAUCAGAAUGGAAGUUCACCAUCACACCAUCUACAGCCCAGGUGGUUGGAGUACUUAAGAUUCAGGUUCACUAUUAUGAAGAUGGUAAUGUUCAGUUGGUUAGUCAUAAAGAUGUACAGGACUCAGUAACUGUUUCGAAUGAAGUCCAAACUGCUAAGGAGUUUAUUAAAAUUAUAGAGCAUGCAGAAAAUGAGUAUCAGACAGCAAUUAGUGAAAACUAUCAAACAAUGUCAGACACCACGUUCAAGGCCUUGCGCCGGCAACUUCCAGUUACCCGCACCAAAAUCGACUGGAACAAGAUACUCAGCUACAAGAUUGGCAAAGAAAUGCAGAAUGCUUAAAGGCUGAAUGUAGGAUUCUUCAAUACAUGGAAAGAAAGGAUGCAAUGUGUGGUCAUGUGAUAAAUAAGUGAUUUAUAAACAAGAGUGAUAUUUUGCUAGGGCUUUCAAAGUUAACAGGUUUUCUAGCCUCAUGGAAUACUGUUGAACCUAUAGCAUUGUCUUGAUUCUUUUGUGUUUUCUGCCUGGUAAUUUUCUGUUUUCACUAUAUCUACUUGUAAAUCUUUUUUUUUUUUUUCAA